AUGAUUAUGCUAAUAUUAUUAUCAUCACUAUCAUCAAAUACACAGUUAAAGACAAUAUUUUUAAACAGAUUGUACGACAACUAUUUCUUAAACUAUCACGAAAAUAAUGAUGACGAAGAGCAACAACAUCAGCAACAAAAAAUGUUGACUAUCGAUUGUAUGAAACAUUAUCUACGAAUGAUUGAAACACACAGAUAUCAAAAUAUUGAUAAUGAUUUAUUUUAUGAAUAUUUGGAAGAAUAUUCCAUUGAGUUGCAGAGUAAUAUCGAAGGUUCAUUAGAUAAACUUUGUGAGUUUUUAAAUGAAGUAACAACACUAGUAAAUGCUAGAACACAGAAUACAUCAAAACUGAAUAGUAAACGAAUGACUACUACAGCGACAACAACCACAACAAAUUCCGAUGUAACCGAUAAUCAACAAUAUUUUAUUUCAUUAGAUUCUAGUAAUAAAAUAUCAAUAGAAUUAUUACAACAAAAUAAUGAUAUAGAUAUUGAUGGAUGGUGUAAACUGUUAAAUAUAUUCAACAAACAAUUACCAUUAGCGUUUCAAAUUCUGUGCAGUUCAACUGCCAUAAACAACGACAUCGCAUUAUUUUUUUCUAGAAUUCGUACAUAUGUUAAUAUGAAAUUUGUUAUUAUUGAUAUUGAUAAAAUGGAUCAUCGUAUAGGUGAAAUAUUUUCAUAUAAACAGGAUGAACUAUCAAUACAAACAGAGUCACAUGCCAAAGUGUUUUAUAUAUCAGAAGAGCUUAGUCGUAGAAAAGGUAUUAGACAAUGGACUAGUUCACAAGUUAUAGUUCCAGAUGAUCAUCUUCAGGAUGAAUAUACGAUUUAUUUCAAUAUUUCAAUACAUGCACCAUUUGAGCAAUUAAAUCGUCUAUUUUUUUCAUUAUUUAUCUGUUCCACACUAAUGGAUCCUGAUAGUGGUUUAACUUUUUCUUUAUCACAUGGUAAACUGGGAAAAUUUAUUAUUGAAGUAUCACAUUUUGGUAAAUCACAGGUGUCCGUUACAGAAAAUUUUGAAUGUAUUUUCCCAUUGUUAUCAAUAUUAUGUUCAAACGAACAUAAUAUUGAAGAAAUAACUGAUACUAAUUAUCCUCUCAACAUCGGUGAUAAUGAAGAACUUGCGGCAAGAUUCUUAAAAGCAUUUGCCGAUGGAACAAUCAGUCGUACAUUAACACGUGCCUUCUUCCCGGAACAACCAGUUGUCUUUUCAAAAUUAGAAAAGGUCGAAUGUUAUACACCAAUCCGUGACACUAUACAGCAAUAUGCUUUUGAUUUAUCACCUAAUAAAAUAUAUCAACAAUGUUUUGUCAAAUUUCUUUAUCGCCGUGUACAAUUUUUUACUAGCACAUAUUAUUGUUAUACUGAGCGUAUUAAGAAUUUGGGUUCAACCGUUAUGAGGCAAGUGAUUGAAGAAACUAGAAGUUUAGUACAAAUUGAUUUCACAACAGAAAAUUAUCGUAAAGUCUAUUUAGUUUAUGAUCCAAAUUUUUCAUUAAAACUAUUACAUGCUGACUGGAACGCUGUACCAUCCGAAAUACAAGAAUUAUUUGAUAAAGAAGAUCCAAUGAACAGUGAACUAUUUCAAAACAAAGAUCGUUUUUGUGUAUGUUUAUCAUGGUUGCUGAAUGUUUUCUACGAAACAUAUCAAAAAAUUGCAAAUGAAAUUAAAUUUAUUACAACAGAAAGUAUUGCCUAUAAAUUAUUUCAUUUACAUGAACGAAAACUAAUGCGCAUGCCAUUAAUCAUAGAAGGUGAUACAGGUAAAACAGAACUGAGAGGACUUUUCUAG